AUGGAGCUGGAGGCGUCCAAGUGGAACUCCGACAGACAGAAGUAUAAAUUCUUCCUCCAGAAAACACAUCGUGAAGUGGCAGAUGUCAGUUCAGCCAUGGAGACGCUUUUUGAGUACCCGUAUGAGAUCUACGACCUCUCUGACAUCCCCGGCUACUCCUACGACGAUCCUGCCAAGCCCGCCUCCCUCACUACCUUUGACGCCACCGUGGACGUCUCGAGGGACCCUGGGGCCACGGAGUACAAGGUGUUGUGGCAGACGGACGAGACGAGGAGCGAGGCGAGGGCACUGCUGGAGAAGGACCCAAGUGGUGGAGGCGCCCUCCUCAGGUACCACCGACAAGUGAAGGGUGUUCCCUCCACCCCACAGGUGGAGUACCAACUUAAGGGCAACUACCGUCGUAUAGACACUGAGCUGACCAUCUCCUGCACCCUCGACCAGUCCUCCCUCACCAGGCCACGAGCCAUCAUUUUCCUUCACUCUGAGGCUGAGGGCUACACGGAGCUGCUCCUCGACCUCUUCCAGGAGGAAGCUGACCAGGUCAUCCUCGUCAUCACCUACCUCCCCCAGAACUUCAGGUUUAGGAUUGGACAGUUUGGGAACACCUUCCUGCAGACGGGCUACCAGAUGGAGACCGACGACCAGGGCGACACACUGCAUAGAAUACAGGUGCGGGAGAGGGGUAGAAAGUUCUACGGACGGUGGAGGUCUGGGCGGGGGAUGUUGAUGGAGCAGAGGACGUGUACGAGGGGUGGGCUGGUGGUUGAGACACCCACCCUGGCACCCACAUACCACCUGUUAAUGAUAUGCCCAGCACCCAGCCCAGAGCUCACCCUGCAGGUACUCGGCGUAGAGGAACACGAGGGGCCGUACCUCCGUCUGGGGCAAAUCUCCGGGCCAGGAGGCGUGGGCGCGCAGGUGGGCAGCGGGCGUCUCCGGCCUCUAGACACGCCCCCGGCGCUAACACUCACCGCCGACGUGGAGGAUGAGGUGAUGGAGUCCUCCGACUGGCAGACACGCUCCCUCGCCCAAUUCAAGGACGAGUUCAACUCCCGGUGGACGUCCCUGGCAGGAGCCGUGCGAGGGCUGAGCUCCACCAGGGUGAGGGUGGAGGGCGCCCUGGGUCUCUGGCCUCUGCUCAACGACACUCAACAACUCUUGCAUGAGGCUCUGCACCUCACCACCUCCGCCUCCACGUACAUGAUGGUCAAGGUGAUGGAGGAAGGUCCUGUCGACGUGGGGGAGCUGCUGGAGGUAUCUGGCAACGUCAUGAGGGAACACCUGGACCCUCUCCUGGAGGUGUGUGUGGAGGCGCUGGACGACGCCCUUGGUGCAGUCUAUAACUCUCUCGAGGAAGCCAUUGAAGCUGUGGAUGACCUCGUGCAAAACAUCGUCGAGGAAGUCACCGGAGCUUAUGACACGAUGGAAGAGGAUGUGACGGAGGUGGUGGAAGGAGUGAUGGAGACGCUCAUCAACACACUGGGACCACCACUACUCCGCCUCCAAGCAGCCUUCAACGCUCUCUCCUACAAUGACGACCAGAGUCUGUACGCCCUGGUGUCGCGGAUCAUGGGAGACGUGAGGAAGAGGGUGGGUCGUCGACACGGCAUCUCCGGCUUCUUCGUCACCCAGCUCCUCACCAGACUCGAGAGGGUGUUGGUGAGGACUGCUCGCUGGGAUGAGUUACGGGCACGGGGCAGUGAACUCCUGCAUCACGCGCGUAACAUCACCACCAUCAGCUUCGUCAUGCCACACGCCACCGCCCUAAGACUCAGGGUUGCGAUGCCCCGACGACUGGGGAGAGACUUGAGAGUGGCGGGGAAGUGGUUCCUGGAGGAGGGGGGACUGCGGCUACUGACGGAGACUGAGUCUUGGUUCAUCACUCAUUGGUCAAGAUUCCGAUACUUACUUACUUGGCAUGUCCGCGGGGAGGCGGUGGUGUUCGGGUGGGAGCAGGCCAUCACCUGGGACGGGCGCCAGGUAACUCCUCUACUGACGGACUCGUGCCAUCACCUGCUGGUGCUGCUGAUACACGCCCGCAUCCCCACCGCCGUCACUAUCCACAUGGAAGACCUCAGUACCCACCCUCGAGAGGUCCUUACCUUCUUCAGCGGUACAGACGUUGUCACCAUCGACUCGGAUCUAAAGAUGACGUACAAUUGGAAGCACAUCCGUCGGCCGCUGCUGGAGGUGGGUGAGCUACAGCUGAGGUUGUGGCAGGGGCGGGCGAGCAUCACCUCAGACGUGGGCCUCAGCCUGGAGUGUGAGCAUCAACAGGGCUUGUGUCGCCUAGCAGUAUCUGGUGACCACUUCGCUGCCACCGCCGGACUCCUCGGCGUCUUUGACUUCGACAACUACACCGACUUCAUGACCAGCGGCUGGGAUGUGGCGGCGACGGAGGAAGAGUGGGCUCGGAGCUGGCGGGUGUCGUCGUCAGAGCAGUGUUCCUCUCAACUGCCGGAGUCCCACAUCCCCGCCUCCCACGGCCACUACUGCACCGACAUCUUCCACGCCUCGACCUCCCCCUUCAGGUCAUGUUUCCCGAGUGUGGCGGCAGCACCUUACCUGGAGACCUGCCGUGCUGGGUGGGAGUGUGCCGCUGAGGCCGCCUACCUCCACUCCUGCCGCCGCCACUACCACGACCUCCACACCAACCUUCAUACCAACACACCUCCAGCCCAUUCCGCGCUUCCCCACCACACCCUCCACGCCCAUCUCCAAGCCUCUACCACACCUCCACAACCAUCCUGCUCUACCACACCCUCCAAACCAUCUCAGCCUGUCUCCACGCCCAUCUCAACCCUUGCACUACACCCUCCACAACCAUCUCUAAGCCUUCACACACCCACGCCCAUCUCUAAGCUCUGUGGCUCACACCUCACAACCAUCUCUAAGCCCUACCACACUCCACGCCCAUUUAAGCUCUCUACCACACCCUCCACAACCAUCUCUAAGCCUCUACCAACACACCCUCCACGCCCAUCUCCAAACCUCUACCACACCCUCCACGCCCAUCUCCAAGCCUCUAUCACACCCUCCACAACCAUCUCUAAGCCUCUACCACACCCUCCACGCCCAUAUCUAAGCCUCUACCACACGCCCACAGUACCACACUAA